AUGAGUGAGACACCUGAAAAGAGUGCCCAGCCCUUCGCAAUAGCGAGGCUUCCACUCUAUCAUGGUCCCGUAGUCAAAAUUCGAAUCAAAAACAGCUGUGAAUACACAAUUUCCAAAGCGCUGCUCUGCGCAGAAUCGCCGGUUUUCACAGCCAUGUUCAGAGGUCAUUUUCAAGAGGCCCAAGAGCAGACAGUGGACCUAGAAGAAAUGGAAGGCGUUGUCUCUAAACAGAGUCUUGAAGCACUCUUUCAAUGGCUUUACCUUCGAUUUGUCAAGUUUGAUAUCGAAGACCCCGGAGAGCAUAUUUCGGCUGCCAUAGAGCUUGCAAGACUUGCGGACAAGUACGAGAUCACUGGCAUAGAAUCUCAGAUUGCCCAAUACAUCAAGGAAAUCAUUAUUGCUAAUCCAAAGCCCAGCAAGACUAAAAGUCUGGUGCCUUAUAAUAGCAACACCCAUUGCCUGGGCUCUGAAGACAUUAUUUCGGGAAUUCUCUUACACGAUAAGCAUCCAGUUCGCCGUGUUCUAGCCGCAGCCUCCGUUAAAGGGUUUCUUCAAAGCGCGAGCCACGAUUAUGCCGCCACAGCUCAGGAAUAUCCUGAAUUUGGAGCUGACCUCCUCCAUGAAGUGAGGCUAGCCCUGAAUACUCUGAACCCCCAUCGCAGUGUUAAAUUCCAAGACCCUAUUACAGGGACAAGAUGGUAUCUUUAUAGCGUUAGCCGGUGA